AUGUCUGGAGUCAAAGGAGGCCACAGCCAGUGCCAGCAGAAGUUUUAUUGCCCUGAUGUAUGCCAGCCACAACUAAUCUGCAAAGAUCCAUGCCAACCACAUGUCAUCUGCAAAGAUCCAUGCCAGCCCCAAGUCGUUUGCAAAGAUCCAUGCCAGCCUCAAGUUGUCUGUAAAGAUCCUUGCCAACUAACCAUAUUCCAUGAUCCCUGCCAACCUGCCCAGCAUUGCCACUACAAGACUGUGCACUGUCCCCAAAAAGUUUGCCAUGAUCCAUGCCAUCCUUGCCAAUGCUAUGGAAAGCACUGAGUAUUCUCACUUUUUAUCCAGGACUUGAGAAUGUCAUCAGUCCAACAAAUGGCUUAAAUCCUGCCAGCCUUCAACUGUGUGCUUAUUCUGUCAUAGCUGCCUUAGUACCAAAUUUGCUUGUUUUCUAGAUUUAUGUAUUCUGUAGUGAAUCUUACUGUUCCAUUAAAUUAUCUCACUUGUCCACAA